AUGGCGAACAAGUCUGGAACUUCCAGUGGUAUUAUACUCGACCCUUUAUCGAGCGACAAACAAGCUGACCUGCAAGCCGACCGUGUCUCUCCACGACCCGUCGCAGUCUCUCCACAAGCCUCGCGCGUUAACGCCGACAACUCCCCCUCUUCAAAACUAGCAGCUUCGAGUAAUAUCACCAUCAAUUUCUCCGGUACUAAUACAGCCAACGGCGUUCAGGCAAGCGUCGAUGUUGACCAGAAGAACACUGUUCGCAGCUCGUCAUCAGAACCGCCUCAUACUGGUCCGUAUGCCAAGAUCAAUGUUGCAACGUCUGAAUCCACUCGGCCUUCGGACAGACGUGUCGACACAGUCGCCGAGCGGGAUCAUUCCAGCGCCGUUGCGUCAGCCAACAACGACACCGCGCAAGAAGCACGUCAUCCUUCGCAAAAGACUUCUCGAUCAUUGUCUUCCACUUCAGGAUCGAGCGCUCAAUCUCUCACAGAGAACAACGAUUGUUAUCGGCCUGAUUACCCUCCCCGAUCUGAUGGAUGGGUCCCAGUUGACCUGCCUCAAAACCCUCCGCUUCCCGACAGGCAUGAGAGGCUUAGGUACGAGGUCAAUCACUUUUUAUCAAGAGCUGGUCAAAAUAGCUGGGAAUCGAUGCUUCAGCAAGUGAACUCAGACGAAGUCAUCGUGGGUGUCACACCAGUUACGGAUCGAAUGAAUCGUCCAGCUAGACCGCGUGAUCGCAAAGAGUACGAAGUUGGUCAGGUACGCUGGACAUACAUCGUCGAGACUAGUUCUGAUCCCGGCCUGAUCAACAACGGCGGUGAUCAGGCAAUCCGGACUAGCGAGGGCCUGAUGCUAGGAAAAUGGCGCCCCACAGUGGUCGUUCGUGUAGACAAACAAUACUGUGUAGUCGCAGAGCUGGGUCGUCGACGUCGCCAGUAUCUUGACGGACUCUCACUGAGUGACCUUCUGGGCCGCUGUGGCGUCGCUCUGGACCUCAACUACAGCCACGACUACGAUACUCUUUCCGAAGAUCAUCUCUUGUUCCGCUCUGUCGCAAAACCGCUCGAAAUUGGUGGCUACGAGGAUGACGACUUCCAACUAUCAGGGUGGAGUGUAGUACAGCCAGGUCGUCUCCAUACCCUAGGAUUCGACGACCAUUCCCUUCCAUGCGGCUGGCUAAAGGCGGAAUCGACAGAGCAGUUGUUGGCAAUGCAGGCACAGAUGUCUAGAUUGCGAGCGAUUGUAGAAUCGCGAUACGACCGAAAAUUCCUGCGAGCGCCGCUUCCCUCCAGGCUGACUCCAGAGCAGCGAACAGCGCUAUCACACAUCAAGGAUGAAUAUCGACGACUACUUUCUCCUCCCGCCCAGGCAACUAGUACCUCCUCGGGACAGACAUCAAACCAACAAGAUGAUCUCGAAGAGUUUGAAGCGCUGGUGGAGGGCAACCGUCGCGCUAUCGAGGCAGCUAACGCACCACCUCUGGUGGCUAGUGAGCCUGUUGAGUCCAUAUUCUCCAUCCCCGACAAUGGCCGCGGCGUAUCACCCUCUUCAAUAAUACAGAAAGCGAAAUCUGUUUCUCAUGCAAACUGGAAGUCUGCAGCAGCAGCUGUUUGCCAGAAGGAGGAUAUGCUUUACCAGGCGAAAGAGGAGUAUGAGACGGUCGAAGCUGAUCGGUGGUCAACUACUGGCGAGCGGAGGAACCUAAAGCGCAAGCGGGACGAUGUCGAGAUGGAACUUGAAAUUGCACAAGUUCGUGAAAUGAGCUACAAGAAGCUUCACAGGGACGUCAGAAGUUUCCAGGCGAGCCAGUACCGUGGCCAGGACAAGGAGAUAAAGUUGUGCAACACUCUGACAAGCGCAUUUUCGAGGGCCCAGCUAGAGACUCGCAGGGCCAAGAACCGUCUUGAUCAACGUCGGCGCACUCCACUCCCUUAG